CGUCCCUACCGGCCAGGUGUGUGGUUCCCAUGGCCUAGUUUGGGACACAGUAUAAAUUACCGCACACAGAACAAGCCUCACACACAUCACGGAGUCUGGACUCAACUCAGCAUAUGGUGAACAUGUGGAAGUUUCUGGUCUUCAUCGCGGCUGUGGUCGUCUGGCCGGACUCGGCACGAGGCCAAGAGUACCUGACCACGGUCAACAGCUGGAAUUUUUACAAAGUUCAGGCUUCUGGACCUAUGUCUAAUCAAAACGUCAGGACAACUUGCGAAGCGAUGGGGAUGAGAUAUCCGUGCGUCUUCUCAGGUAGUGCUGGGUGUACCGACUACUGGACCUCCGGCUGCAUCACGUAUGACGACGCCGGUGUCAGCUGUUAUACCCACCAGGUCCUCUCGGUAAACCUGUGUGGAGACUUUCACCCUGGGUUCUGUCAGCCCCUUGAUGACACCUUUGUGUACAUCCCUGACUACUGGAGUGAUGGCAGCGCCUGGGGAGUGGACUACGACACUCACACCUGGCGGCUGCCGGGAGCGAACUACUACAACAUGUUCGCCGUGUGUGUAGAAUGGGACGAGUGCAGCAGCGCCCCCUGUCGGAACCAGGCGACAUGCCAGGACCAGAUUAACGGGUUCACCUGUCAGUGUCCGCCUGGGUAUGCCGGAACUCUCUGUGAAGAUAUCGAUGACUGCAUCGGUGUCACCUGUCAGAAUGGAGCAGUAUGCCAGGACGGAGUGAACAGCUUCACCUGUCAGUGUGUGCCUGGGUAUACCGGAACUCUCUGUGAAACAGAUAGGGACGAGUGCAGCAGCGCCCCCUGUCAGAACCAGGCGACAUGCCAGGACCAGAUUAACGGGUUCACCUGUCAGUGUCCGCCUGGGUAUACCGGAACUCUCUGUGAAACAGAUAUCGAUGAGUGCAUCGGCGUCAACUGUCAGAAUGGCGCCGUAUGCCAGGACGGAGUGAACAGCUUCACCUGUCAGUGUGUGCCUGGGUAUACUGGAACUCUCUGUGAAACAGAUUUUGAUGAGUGCAGCAGCGCCCCCUGUCAGAAUGGAGCAGUAUGCUAUGAUGAGUUUAACAGCUUCACCUGUCAGUGUGUGCCUGGGUAUACUGGAACUCUCUGUGAAACAGUUAUAGACGACUGUGCCAGCAAUCCCUGUUGGUUCGGGGGGACCUGCGUGGACGGGUUCAUGGAUUUCAGCUGUAUCUGCCCGAAAGGGUUUGAAGGAAAGAAGUGUGAAAUCGCUGCGUUUUCUGGACAAUGUUACCAGUUCUCGCCCGACGCCCUCUCCCACGCCGAGGCCCAGCAGGCCUGCAGUACCAAGAACGGUCACCUGGCGGACGUGAAGGACGGGCAGCAGCAAAGCUUCAUCGCCAGCAGCAUCGCGGCCACCACUGGAGCCUCCAACUGGCUGGGGAUGGAGCUGCAACAUGUGUAUACCCUGACCUACAGUGACGGAUCGCCUGCUCAAGCAGGUCCCCUGCAGAUGUCUGCCGUCCAGCCUCCUGCCCAGUGUGACUUUUGUGUUUUCCUGGACAGCUCCAUCAGCUUCCAGGCAGAACCGACCUCCUGCACGGAACACCACAACUACAUCUGCCAGUCUGAUAUCCAAUCCUGUGGACAGCACGUCUGUCAGAACGGCGGACACUGCACCUCCUGCUUCGGCGACUCCAUCUUUUUCUGCGACUGUCCUGAUGGGUUCGGAGGAAAGUCGUGCGAGAUAAACAUCGACGAAUGCGCGUCGAAUCCUUGUCAAAAUGGCGGAACCUGCCAUGAUGACGUCAACUCUUACCGAUGCCGCUGCUUGCCUGGUUACGCUGGGGACAACUGUGAAUCUGACAUAGACUGGUGUUCCCUGGUGACCUGCCCGUUCGACUGGACCUGCCAGGAUGAUGGGACCCACUUCACCUGCCUGGGCCAAGAAUACCUGACCACGGUCGACAACUGGAGUUUUUACAAAGUUCAGAUUUCUGGACCUAUGUCUAAUCAAAACGUCAGGGUCACCUGCGAGUCGAUGGGAAUGAGAUAUCCGUGUGUCUGGUCAGGUAGUAGAGGGUGUACGAGUACCACCGGCUGGACCUCAGGCUGCAUCACGUAUGACGACGCCGGUGUCAGCUGUCAUACCCACACCGUCCUCUCGGCAAACCUGUGUGGAACUACGUCCGGGUACGGCAGUCAGUGUCAGCCCCUUGAUGACACCUUUGUGUGCUGGCCUGGCUGGCUGAGUGAUGACAGCGCGUAUGGAGUGGACUACGACACUCACACCUGGGCCCUGCAUGGAACGGACUACAACAACAUGUACGCCCUGUGUACAGAAAUCGACGAGUGCGCGAGCAAUCCUUGUUGGCUGGGAGGGACCUGCCUGGAUCACGUGAACGGCUACAGCUGUGUCUGUCCUAAAGAUGCCACCGGAAAGAACUGUGAAACAGUGGCAUUUGCCGGAGAAUGCUACGAGUUCUCCUCCAAUGCCGCUACCCACCCCGACGCUACCCACGCCUGCCAAGCCAAGAACGGCCAGUUGGUGGAUGUACCGGAUGAUAGGCUGCAGCGGUUCCUGGCCGACACUAUUGCAUCCAGUAGCGGCGUGUCCAACUGGCUGGCGAUGAAAACAGCACCGGCAGCUAUUCUGUACAGCAACGGAUCCCCAUUCUCAGCGAACUCCUUCCAGUGGUCUUCCAGUGAACCUGCCGAACCGUGUGACCUGUGUGUUCUCCUGGACAGCUCCGACAACUAUCUGGGAAAGACGGCACCGUGCACGGAGCAGCACAACUACGUCUGUCAGGACGCUCUGAAACCAUGUGAGCCGAACGUGUGUCAGAACGGCGGAAACUGCACCUCCUGCUUUGCCGAGGCCACCACCUACUGCGACUGCCUUGCCGGCUUCGAGGGAAAAUUCUGUGAAAUCAACAUCGACGAAUGCGCCUCCAAUCCGUGCCAAAAUGGCGGAAUUUGCAACGAUGGCGUCAAUUCCUACAGCUGCAGCUGUCUCACUGGAUUCCAGGGUGUCCACUGUGAAACAGACCCUGGCUGGUGCUCCCAGGUCCAGUGUCCGUAUGAUUGGAUCUGCGAGGAUCACGUCUUCUACUUCCUCUGCACUGAUCCAUCGCCUGCCAACCGGGCCAUUCCUUACGAGUGCAACAGCGCCUCCUGUCCGGACGGCAUGUACUGCACCGAGGAGGGCGUGGCGUCCUUCUCCUGCAAGGCUGUGUGACGUCACAGUGAAUCUCGCGCCAGACGCUAAACUGCCUGCCUGGUUACCACAGUUCGAGGCCAUCCUCGAUGCUGGUUAGGAUUAAAGAAACCG